ACUGCGGCUUUUGGGCGUCCCCAGUAGACUCGUUCCCGCUCCAUCGUUCCCCUUCGCUGCUCGAUCCAGAUCCGCUUCGGUUUCGCUUUCCACCCCCGAUCUGAUUGGAAUCCUCCGGUGGUGCCGCCGCCCUCCUUCUUCGUCUCCUCCUGGUCGAUCCGCAAACUCGUCUCCUCCCGACGGCGAACCGCCCCCUCCUCUCGCCGCCGGUAGACAGCGGUAAUCUCUUUUGCCUCGUCCUCCAGUCCUCCUCUCUGUUACCGGACAGGAAAUCGAUCGAGAUUCACCUCCCCCUCCUCCGGUUCUCCAGCUUGCGCGCGACCAUUACAGUCCCAAGUUCUCCAGCACGAGGCCACCCGGCGGCGGCGGCCACUGCCCUUCCAUUCCCGCGGAACACUGUCGUCGCAGUCUCGGCUCCGGUGAGAAUCGGAGAGUUCACCGAGGUUCUCAAAGCGGCUACUUUACAUAAUCCCAUCUCAAAGUGGAUAAUUGAUGAAAGUAUAUUUUUUUGUCAGCUAGCUCUAUUUUUGUAAACAAAAAAUUGGGAACAAUUCCUAUUGUUUCCUUCUGAAAUUCAAAGGUAGCAAUUGAGAAGUUGCAUCCUUACAAUUACUUUUUCUCUUCAAGGCCAUAGUCUUUUACAAAAUAUAAACCGGCAUCGACUAGAUUUACUUCCAUAAUUUGUUUAGUCAAUAUCUUUGUUUAAUUCCUAUGGUUCCCAAGUAAUUUUUAGAAACAUACUUAUACUGACAGCCUCUCCAAGUUGGCCUCUCGGACAUCAUUUGCUUUGACCUCCUUGUGCAAUUAAUGCACAUGUAAUUACUGCUUGCUGACAGAACUUCAAGUUGAGACUCUUAAGUGCCUGGCAUAAGCAUUUAGUUAUCAAGCCUUUAAAGGAAAAAUUUUUGGUAAAUUUUCCUGAAAAUAUGCUUGAUAUCUCCAUUUGACAUUAUCAGUGCUGUGUUUGUUAUUACAGGGAUACAGUUGAAAUUUGAAGUAGUACCUGCAUAUGAUUUGAUGUUCAGCGCUAUGUUGUAACUAAUAUUAUAGGUCGUCUCUUUGCGGCAUAAGUUAACUUGACCUGCAUUCUCUACCUACGCAGCCAAACAAGUAUCUUUUCUCAGAUGUCCUUCUUUACCAGGUUCUUUUACAAAAGACCACUUGAUGGUUUGCUAGAAUUUCUGGACAGAGUUUACAUUUUUAAUUCAUGCUUCUCAACUGAGGUCCUACCUGAUGGAUUAUACAAUAUCUAUUUGCAUGAAAUUGUCACUGAACUGCAUGAAGAGUAUGCUGGUUCUUCUUUCCUCGCAUUCAACUUUAGGGAGGGAGAAAAAAGAAGUCAAUUUGCAGAAAUUUUAUGCCAAUGCGAUGUUACUAUAAUUGAAUAUCCACACCAUUUUGAAGGCUGUCCACUUCUUCCUUUAUUGCUUGUUUAUCACUUCCUUCGAGUCUGUGAUUAUUGGCUGUCUCUCAGGGAUAAUCAGAAUGUUAUACUGCUACACUGUGAAAGAGGGAGCUGGCCUUUGUUAGCAUUUCUUUUAGCUUGUUUUUUGACUUAUAGAAAAUUGCAUAGUGGCGAUCAGAGAACUCUAGAUGUUGCAUAUAGGGAGGCUCCUAAAGGCCUUCUGCGGCUUUUGUCUCCAUUGAACCCAUUACCAUCUCAGCUGCGAUACCUGCAGUAUGUUGCUAGAAGGAAUAUCACCCCACAAUGCCCCCCUGUGCAACGGGCUCUUUCUUUAGACUGUCUUAUUCUUCGAGGUGUUCCAAUCUUUGACUCAGAUAAUGGCUGCAGACCACUAAUCCGUAUUUCAGGACAGAAUAUCCACAAAAGUGAUGGCCUUUUUGUGGGCACGCUUUGUAUGACGUCCAAGAAGAAACCUUUAUGUCGCUACCAACAGGACGAGUGUGAUGUUAUAAAAAUUGAUAUCCAAUGCCUAGUACAGGGAGAUGUUGUUUUGGAAUGUGUCCAUCUUGAUUUAGAUCCAGAGAGGGAAGUCAUGAUGUUUCGUAUGAUGUUCAACACUGCUUUCAUCCGAUCUAACAUACUCAUGCUGGACUAUGAUGAUGUGGAUACACCCUGGGAUGCAAAUAACCAGUUUCCGAAAGGCUUUCGGGCAGAGGUGCUGUUUGGUGAUAUCGGUAACAUCGCUCCUAGAGCUCCAACUGUGGCUUUUAAUGGAGACGUAAAAGGUGGAUUGCCUAUAGAGGCUUUUGCAAAGGUACAAGAACUUUUCAAUGGCGUUGAGUGGCUUGAAAGAAGUGAUGAUGAUGCAUUCUGGCUGCUUAAACAAAUAUCAACAAAUGCACUGCAAGAAAAACUUGAAAAGCUGAUUUUAACAGAUACUAAGGAGAUUUCAACUAUUCAAAGUAAAGCGGGUUUACAGAUGUCUCUAAUGUCAACGUCGGAAUCUGAUGAGGAAAAAGAUUCUGUAACUUCAGAUUCUGUUUCUUCAGUGGACAAUGAAAAGGUUCAACAUGUCUCAAGCACCAGCAUAGACAUGGAAAACGAACUCGGCAUUUCCAAGGAUUCUCAACUUAAAGAUUCCCAGCAGCCCAUUUCCAGAAUUGCUGAUCUUGGCACAAGCCUCCAAGUGCCACUGUUGGUGUCACCUUCAGUUUCUCAAUCUUCUGAGAGGAAUCUUGAGUCUAGAGAAUCAGAAAGACCAAUUUCUAUUCCUCAAGCUGCUGCACCACCUGCACCUGCAUUUCCACAUCCAUCCACUAAGUCAUCUAGUAAAGAUUCCUUUCUACCAUUGUUACCUCCUCUUUCUUCCUCCAUGGUUAAUAUACUUUCAGUACCACCACCACCUCCUCCCCCUCUUGUUCAAAGUAAAUGUCUCAAUCCGAAGCAAUUGCUUCCGUCUUCACCUUUGCCGCCACCUCCACCACUUCCUCCUCCUCCCACUCAAAGUAAACGUCUUAAUUCAACUCCAGGUUCUCCCCCUCACCCUACAUUCACAUCUAAUAAAGAUGUGAAACAAACUCCAUCACCACCGCUGCCACCACCACCACCACCACCACCACCACCUCCUCCUCCUACCCAAAAUAAAUGCCUCAACACAACACCUCCAUCACCAUCGUCGUCACCAUUAGCUUCUAUUCAAACUAAAUGUCGCAAUCCGCCGCCGCCACCACCACCUCCUCCUGCUUUGUCUGCAUUCACAUUCAAUAAAAAUCUUCAACGGAUUCCCCCUCCCCCUCCUCCUCCUUCAAUGUCAUCUAGUAAAAGGCCCUUAUCUGCGUCACCUACUAAUCCUCCUCAACCACCACCUCCACCUCCACCUCCACCUCCUUCUAUUAAAUUGAACAAGGUUCCUGGCCAUGCUCUCCCAUCUGUUCCUCCAGUUGCAUCUACCAGAGCUCCAUUGCCUCCUCCUCUUCCCCCUCCUCCUCAAAAUGGAAAAGGGAAUAUUCCACCCCCAUCAGCUCCUCUUAAAUCCAGUAGCAAAUUUGUGCCUCCACCACCACCUCCAGUGCCAAAGCCUCCUGGAAUUGUGCCUCCUCCUCCACCACCCUUGCAAGGAGGGGUUCGUAGAGUUCCAGGUCCACCACAGCCUCCUGGACUGAAGGAUUUCAAUACUCUAGCACCACCUUCUUCAUUGCUAGGCAAAGGAAGACUAACUGCUCCGAGUUUUGGAAAUGUUCGUGGAUCUUUGCAGUCUAUUCCACCAAAGAAAACUUCAUUGAAGCCAUUACACUGGGUGAAGGUUACCCGAGCAACACAAGGAAGUCUUUGGGCUGAUUCUCAGAAGCAUGGAAGUCAAACCAGGGCACCUGAGAUAGAUCUAUCUGAAUUAGAAAGCCUCUUCUCAGCAACAGUUGUUACCAAUGAACGUGGGCGGGAUAGGAUUGGAGCACAAUGUGGUUCUGGCACCAAUAAGUCUGAGAUUGUUCAUCUGAUUGAUAUGCGCAGGGCAAAUAAUUGUGAGAUUAUGCUUACAAAAAUCAAGAUGCCUCUUUCUGUUAUGAUUACUGCCGUUUUAGCUUUGGAUUCCUCAGUUUUGGACAUAGAUCAAGUGGAAAAUCUGAUCAAGUUUUGUCCUACAAAAGAAGAGAUGGAGAUGCUAAAGAAUUAUACAGGCAACAAAGAAAUGCUAGGACCAUGCGAACAGUUUUUUAUGGAGCUAAUGAAGGUUCCCCGUGCAGAGUCCAAAUUAAGGGUUUUCUCUUUUACAAUUACGUUUUCCACUCAGGUGAAUGAGCUGCGGGGAAAUUUGAAAACAAUCAAUGAUGCAACUAGAGAGGUUAAAGAGUCUCCGAAAUUGCGGCAAAUAAUGCAGACUAUUCUUACAUUGGGUAAUGCCUUGAAUCAAGGCACUGCUCGAGGCUCUGCUAUUGGAUUUAGGCUAGACAGUCUUCUGAAAUUGUCAGAUACUCGAGCAAGAAACAACAAAAUGACAUUGAUGCACUAUUUAUGCAAGCUUCUCGCAGAGAAAAUGCCAGAGUUGCUUGAUUUUGAUAAAGACUUGAUUCAUUUGGACGCAGCCUCCAAGAUCCAGUUGAAGAUAGUAGCUGAAGAGAUGCAAGCUGUCAGUAAAGGUCUUGAAAAAGUUGAACAGGAACUCAAUGCCUCUGGAAAUGAUGGUGAUAUAUCAAUGGGUUUCAGAGUGGCCUUGAAAAAUUUCCUUGAUGUUGUUGAAGCCGACGUAAGGUUCCUUACAUCAUUAUAUUCCGAGGUGGGAAGAAAUGCAGAUUCCUUGUCUCAAUAUUUUGGAGAAGAUCCAGCCCGUUGUCCCUUUGAGCAAGUUACAUCAAUUUUAGUAGUCUUUGUAAAUACGUUCAAGAAAUCUCGUGAAGAGAAUGAACGAAAUGAUGAAGCUGAAAAAAAGAAAAUGGAAAAGGAGGCAUUGAAAGAAAAAUCAAAAACUCCUGCCAAACAACAUUGAGAUUUCACUUGAAAGCUUUCGUACCUUGAGCCAGAAAAAUCCACAGUGCAGCAGAACCACCAAACAAGUCAGCCAAUUAAAUGUUGGCAUGCGAUUAUAGUUAUGGUCUUUUGAGGUCUAUACUAUUUGGAGGAUGGUUAUGAUAAAGCUGCCAGUUACUCUGAGACACUAAUCUAUCAACAUUCUUAUGAAAAACUGCAAAGUUAGGUUGCAUAAGCUGUUCAAUGGUAAUUCUCUUAUCUUUGUUUAGAAACAAUUUAACUUAUGCACGUAUAAUACAUUCUCCCUGCUUGAACACCGAUUUCACCUCUUAGAUGAGUUGCAAAUGAAGGCACAUGCAUCUGACAUAGAAACUUGGAAUCCCCGCUUUUCUUUUCUUUUUUUUCCUCACUUUUUGCCACAGAAGCCUUGAGAUAUAGAUCAUGCUAUGGUUGGGAUGCACUGUUAUGAUUAGUUAUAUGCUUUAGCAGCAUGUAAAGUAGAAGUGUUGUAGGUACACAUCUAUGAUUCCAACAUGUUUAUUAGCAAGUCA